UAAUGUGUAUCUAGGAUACAAGAUGUACCCUGCAGCCGACGCUGUCUGAGGAGGCACGGUGUCGUGAAUGACCAUGAAAUUCAUUUGAACAGAUUCAACUGAUGAAAAACCCCGGGACCUUGUUAGCAGACAUUUGCAGCAUAUGCAAAUCAACAAAUGACUCUAAUGAAUGAGAUUUAAAGCACAGCUUCUCUGGGUGGCAACAAGAGAAAAAUGGGGAGUCUACUUCAUCUGUUGUUGUCAGUGACAGUCGCCCUUGGUGCUGUUGAACUGAUCAGUGGCUACAGCUUUCAAAACUGCAUCGAAGUGCCAUUCUCCCGUGGAAAAAGUUUCAACUGCAUUCGUCGAAAGAGCAAGAUCAUGAAGAAUCUAAUAGACGACCUGCCUGAAACUGCCAUCAAUCUCACCAUCACUCUUAAUCCGGUGUGGCACAUUCCCAGUAACAGCUUUGUCAAACUACCAAACCUUCAAAACCUCAGAAUAGAUCACAAUAAUUUGACGACCAUCGACCAGUUUGCUUUCCAAAAACUGAAUCAUCUCAAGUCUCUCAAUAUGUCCGUUAACAAAGUAUCAGAGCUCCACCCUUCUGUGUUUCAGGACCUGCGCAACCUCACCUCUCUCUUUCUGACAAACAACAGUCUAAAGCAGCUCCCUGAGGGCAUUUUCUCCAACGUUCUCAAUCUCAGGACUUUAAUCCUGAGGCAAAAUGCACUGACGAAUUUCUCCAGGAUUGCUGAGUCUGUGUCACAUCUGAAACACCUGACCAUGCUAGAUCUUUGCUUUAACAGUUUGACUUCUCUUCACUCAAACGCGUCACUACCCAAAUCCCUCACUAAGUUAUACGUAUGCCGGAAUAAUCUGCUUACGUUGGGAUGUAAACAUUCGUUUCUGAGGUUCAUUCAGGUGCUGGAUUUUUCAUACAAUUCUAGGCUCCCUGCAAAGGCUUUUCAAGGUGUGGAUUUAAGACGUAUCAACUAUCUGCGUUUGCGUUCGAGUGUCAAGAUAUUAGAGUUUUUAAACAUCAGCAAUGUUCCCGUAAAUCAUGUUGAUUUCUCAGGCACAAGUCUAAACAAUGACACCCUACUCAAGGAGCUAUGUAGAUUGUUGAAAAAGGCAAAGUGGAUUAAAGAUUUGAAUCUGGAUAGUAACGGGAUAAGGAAUCUAACAUUUUACACACUGCACUACUGUCCUGAAAUCACAAGGGGUCUGAAUCUAUCGCGCAACAACCUGAAAAGCCUAGAUUGUCUCACAUUUCUCAAGAAGCACAGACAUAUAAACGGCGUCACCGCAGAGCAUAACCAUCUUACCUCCCUCCCAUCCUGUGGAAAAAAUAAGGGUUAUUUCAAAGAUCUGGAAGAUCUGAGCUAUCGUUACAACCGCAUCCUCUCAGUCAACUCUUAUGCUUUCUGUCAUACACCAAAUCUCAAGAUGCUAAAACUCAACAUAAACACGAUUGCAUUUCUCCAUCGUAAAGCUCUCAAAGGGCUAAAAAAGCUUGAGACACUUCGCCUGGACAACAACCUCUUAUCAGACUUGUACAAUAACACCUUUGAAGAUCUUUUCAACCUGCAAACUCUUAACCUGCGCAACAAUCGCAUUGCUGUCAUUUUUAAUGGGACCUUCUUCAGUCUCAGGAAUCUGACUAUACUUGACCUAGGAGGUAACAAGAUCACUCAUAUUGAACCAUCUGGCCUUGAGGGACUGAAAAGUCUGUCCAAAUUCUAUCUAGAUGGAAACAAUUUCAAGCAGAUUGACACUUCUCUCCAUAGUGUAUUUCAAGACACACUAACAACGCUGGAUUUACAACGCAAUCAGAUUCGCUUCCUCAAAGAGGAUGUUUCCUAUUCACCAUUUAUGAAUCUCAGCCAACUCAGUGAUCUUAAAUUGGAUGGGCAGCAACCUUAUGGCCUCUAUAUUUUACCCCGCAAUUUAUUCCGUGGGCUCCACUCACUGAAAUCUCUGUAUCUCACCAACAAUGAGAUCUCUUAUCUUUCUCCUGAUGUCUUUGAUGAUCUGACAGGCUUAAAAUUCCUCACACUGGAUAACUGCUGUCUUGGGGUGGCACAACUACAACCAGGAGUCUUUAAAAAUCUAAGAAAUGUGACCAAAUUGGUUUUAGAAAACAUGAGAAUGCAGAACUUUUCGGAAGAUGUUUUUAGGAAUCUCACACAGUUAAGCCAACUGCAGCUCAACCACAAUGCGAUACAGAGCAUUACUGUCGAUGCACUAGACAGUUUGCAUAAACUCAGUUACCUUGACAUGCGUGGUUCUUCUUUGAGCUGCACUUGCAAGAACACCUUGCUGCAAAACUGGACAUUGAAUAACACAAAGGUUCAGGUGGUCUAUCUCUACAAUCUGUCGUGUCCACAUGAUCCAAAACAAAAAUUCUACAACUUUCAUACCAAUGUUUGUUACAUAGAUCUAGGCGAGUACCUGUUCCUUAGCACAGCACUUGUGAACUUUCUGUUUACAGUCAUUACCUUACUUUAUGUCAAACUCUACUGGAAAAUGAAGUACAGUUACUAUGUUUUUUGCUCUUGGUUUGGUGAGAAGUGGCGCAGACUCAGAGAGGAGGAGGAAAAUUGCAAAUAUGAUGCAUUUGUUUCCUAUAAUUCCUCUGAUGAACAGUGGAUCAUGGACCAGUUGCUGCCCAACCUGGAGGGAAAUGGAUCAUCUUUCAAACUUUGCCUGCAUCACAGGGACUUCGAGCCAGGACGUUAUAUUGUGGACAACAUCGUCUCUGCUGUUUACGGCAGCCGUAAGACUAUUUGUGUGGUAAGCAGGAAUUUCUUAAGAAGUGAAUGGUGUUCUCUGGAAAUCCAACUGGCCAGCUACAGAUUGUUCGAUGAGCUCCGGGACGUUCUUCUGCUGGUGUUUCUGGAGCCAAUCUCUGAGAGACAGCUGUCGUCCUAUCACCGCAUGAGGAAAGUGAUGUUGAAAAAGACUUAUCUGCAGUGGCCUGGCCCAGACUGCACUGACCCAACGCAGGCCCAAGAACUGUUUUGGAAUCAGCUUCGUAGGGCAAUAAGAACAGGGAGCACACUCGAAACUGAAGACAAUUACAUGAGUGAAGGUCAUGCAACUGAGAGCAGUGAAACUGAACAUUGUGAGACUUAUACAUCAGAUGAAAACUUCUACCUGCUACCUUAAAGAAAUGUAACAUUUUAUAUGCCUUGGUAUGGUAAAUAUUGUACUAUCAUACUCUCUGCCCUCGGAAUGGGUCAUGACAAUAUGAUGUAAAUUUGUAGUGUGAUGCCAUGUAAGAAUUAUAAGGUCAUUUAUACGAGCAUGAAUCAAAUGUAAUUUAAUAUCUUAUGCUCAGUUUAAUUGUAUAUUUAGUGAUGCUUGAUAUUUUAUCUCUAUUGCACAAUUGUACAAGUGUGUUUCCUUGCAUUUAAAUGUAGCCCAAAUACACAACAAAAGAUCAAA